AUGUGGUACCCAUCAUUGCAGCUCACAUUUCCUCAGCUCAAUUAUCAAACUACACCUCAGACAAAGAAGAAUGAGCCACAUCACAUCUGCAUCUCUGGCCACACCACACCACAUCAUGCCAUCCCACACCCUGCAUUACCUGUCUUGUCACACCACCCUUGCCUCACCCAUUUGUCCCUGGCAAUGCCCCAACAGGCUACACCCCAAGCAGGCUACACCCCAAGCAGGCCACACCCCAAGCAGGCUACACCCCAAGUAAGCCACACCCCAAGCAGGCUACACCCCAAGCAGGCCACACCCCAAGCAGGCAACACCCCAUGCAGGCCACACUUCCAAGCAGGCCACACUCCAAACAGCCCACACCCCAAGCAGGCCACACCCGAAGCAGGCAACACCCCAUGCAGGCCACACCUCCAGGUAGGCCACACUCCCAAGCAGGCCACACUGCAAACAGGCAACACCCCAAGCAGGCCACACCCCAAACAGGCAACACCCCAAGCAAGCCACACCCUAAGCAGGCCACACCCUAGGCCAUACCUCCAAGUAGGCCACACUCCCAAACAGGCCACACCCCAAACAGGCCACACCCCAAGCAGGAUAUACCCCAAGCAGGCAACAGCCCAAGCAGGCCACACCCUAAGCAGACCACACCCUAAGCAGGGCCAGAGUCACACUGCCAUUGGUGGAGGGAGGGAGGGUAGACCACACACUAGAGACCACAACCCUGCCAGUCCAGACACCACUCCAGGGGAUAUAACUCAUGGUGUUCGGUUUUAUAUGUCUUCAUAA